GGAUCUAGAGUCCAUCAUCCAUCAAUGGCGCUUGCACUGGCAGCUGAUCAGAUUUGUGGCUUGUACCCUGGAGAAGAGUGCGCCAUCGGAACUAAGACGGUACCUGCAGCUCGAUGCAGUCAACGGGCCGGAUCUGGUGUCGUCGGAUGCACUUCUCGAAUUGGCUAAGCUUGGGGACCCCACUUGUCGUCAGUUGGACCCCGCUGCGUCAGUCUGCGAGAUCUUGCGACUCUCCGUGAAUUCAAAUUGAAUCCUCUUCCCUGUUUCUCAAACUUUUGUCGCCUGGUUUCCUCUGACCCUUCUUUUUUUUGCCGUUCAGAUUCCCCAUUAAACCACGUCCACAUUUGUCAACAUGGAAGUUCCAACAGCAUCGUCGCUACGCGACAUUUACCCAGAGGACGCGCUCCCAGUCGAGACCAAGCGAUGGGACAGCUUGCUAGCCAGAUUUAAAGACCUCUACGGCAAGCAGGCAGACUUCGUCGCUAGGAGUCCUGGUCGCGUGAAUAUUAUUGGCGAGCACAUUGAUUACUCUCUUUACGAAGUACUACCAAUGGCUAUCACAGCCGAUUUCAUCAUGGCAGUUGCUGUCCGACCAUCUGAUGAGAAGCCCCGUGUACGCAUUGCAAACCUCAACUCAGAGAAGUUCCCCACGCGCGAGUUCGACAUCCCUGAGGGCGAGAUUCCGAUUGAUGCGACAGAACAUGAGUGGACCAACUACUUCAAGUCCGGUCUCAAAGGUGUAACACAGCUUCUGCAGAAGAAGCGUGGUAAAUUCACGUCAGUCGGAAUGGAUAUUGUAUGCGACGGAACUGUCCCAAGCGGUGGUGGCCUCUCCAGUUCGGCCUCUGUUGUCUGCACAAGUGCAUUAGCUGUCCUGAGCGCGAAUGGCGAACAAAAGAUUGAUAAGACUGAAUUGUGCGAGCUUGCAAUUGUAUCUGAGCGUUCAGUCGGUGUCAACUCCGGAGGCAUGGAUCAAGCAGCAUCAGUAUUUUCUCUGCGCGGCUCUGCCCUAUAUGUUUCAUUCAAACCCAGCCUUAAGUGCACAAACAUUGAAUUCCCACAAACCGACCCAGAGCUCGCCUUUGUCACAGCUCAAAGUUUCGUUGCAGCGGAUAAGCAUGUCACAGCCCCAGUAUGCUACAAUCUACGUGUAGUAGAGUGCACUUUAGCAGCAGUCUUCCUAGCAAAGGCAUUUGGCUUGAAGAAGGCUCUCCCAACAGAUUCCUCACCACUGGGAGUCAGCCUACGCGGCUUCCACGACACCUACUUCGAGGACAAAGAGGGCGUAGACGACAACACCAAAAUCUCCGUCUCCGAGUUCGAGACCCAACUCACAAAGUUGAUCCAGCACACAGAAAACUACCUCCCACAAGAAGAUGGCUACACCCGCGAACAAAUCAGUGGCCUCCUCGGCAUCUCCGUCGACGAGCUAAACCAGCGCUACAUGUCCAAAUUUCCCGUCCGCGCCGACAAAUUCAUGCUCCGCCAGCGCGCCCUGCACGUCUUCACAGAAGCCCUUCGCGUCAUCAAGUUCCGCUCGCUCCUCGCAUCCCCACCCUCGAAAGACAGAGACUACCUGCAAUCCCUCGGCGACCUCAUGAACACAACCCAGGACUCGUGUCGCGAGAUUUACGACUGCAGCUGCCCAGAGCUAGACGAACUGUGCGACUUGGCACGCGCUGCGGGCUCGUGUGGUAGCCGCCUGACGGGCGCGGGCUGGGGUGGAUGCAGUGUCCAUCUCGUGCCCAAGGAUAAGGUCGAGGCUGUGAAGAAGGCUUGGGUCGAGAAGUAUUACAAGAAAAAGUUUCCGGACAUUACGGAGGAGAAGCUGGCGCAGGCGAUUGUGGUUAGUGAGCCAGGGAGUGGCAGUAUGCUAUUCAAGGUUACGGGUGAGAGAAUUGCUUAGAAUCUAGGUUUUUUGGGGGAUUUUGGGUUUGCAGCUGUGAAUAUAUAGUUGGUUGUGAGAAAAAGGGACUGUGAUUUAGAUGCUGGUCACUUCACAUAUCCUGGGUGUGUUGCUUAAGCAACAGAGGUCAUGAGCUAAAGGAAUCGAAUCUUUUGCUUAGAUAUAUUAGUUUGAUGUGUACACAUGACUUGAUCUAGUCAUCACUUCAAUUACUU